GUAAAUAUUUCCUUUCAUUAUCUCCUUUCUCGCUCUCUGACCCGAAUGACAAUUCCUGGCGAGUUUCAAGUUGUAGCAAUGGCCGAAGGAACUUGGGAGAAGCUGUCCCAGGUCGCUGUCCCGGGUGCUGAAUAUGAUUCCCCUGAACGCCAGCCCCAUCCGAAAUGUUUGAAAGAGACCCGAGUGAACCUUCUCAAAUCGAUCUACGGAUUGUUGGACAAGCGAGAGAUGAGCCAGAUCAUUUGGCUGCAUGGCACGGCAGGCGUCGGGAAGUCUGCCGUGGCAUUCACUGUGGCCAAGAGGAUGAAAGGUCUGAUGAUGACGGAGAAGACGAAAAUCGAAACAAGGCUCGCGGGAACAUUCUUUUUCGCGCGCAAGCACACGAAACGCACCACGGCCGGACAUUUCUUUGCGACCCUUGCUUACCAGCUUGCGAGCAAUUUUCCUAGCGUCAAGAACGACGUGAACAAAGCUAUCCACGAGAAUCCUGCGGUUCUAGACUCCAGAAAAUCUCUUCGCGACCAGAUGAUGGCGUUAUUUCGCCGACCUCUCUCGCACCUGCAAUCCAGUCUGCGCGAGUGUCCGCCUCCGGUGUUUGUUGUCGAUGCCCUCGAUGAAUGCCAACCUGAAACCGUCGCCGAUCUGAUCUCCCUCCUCGGGGAAGCUCUUCGUGAUCCUGAACUUCCCGUGAUACAUAUUCUGCUCACCAGUUGCUUUGAAGAGCAUAUCCGUAAAGCCAUUCAAAAAGAAGAGAUGCGCACGCUGGUGCAUGAGAUACCGGUGAACACUUCUGGGGAGAGCGUUGCUGGCACUAUUUCAUUAGACGGCGAAGAUGUGGACAACGACAUCUGUACAUUCUUGCAGCAUUCCUUCACGGAGUUGCGAAAUCGCCAUCCUGAUUUCCCUCAGCCCACUGUGGAUAAUCUUAUCCGGCUGGCGAACCGAGCUGGCAGACGUUUCAUCGUGGCGUCUACAAUGAUGAAGUUCGUCGAUGACGGAUACAAUGACCCCCGGGGUCGCCUUGAACUCAUGCUCGAGCUGACCAAUGAACUGCUACCUGGGACGGAAGUGUACGGGCUAUACAACCGCAUUCUCUCCACCUGUUCGAACCCCAAUCGUGCAUACCAGCACUUGUCCUUUGUUGCUGCUCUCGCAGACCCUCUGCCCAUUUUACAAAUCUCGAAGCUCCUUGGUCCUGGUCAAGGCAGCGAUGUUGAGACCACGCUGAAACAGCUACGUUCUUUCAUGAAUAUUCCCUCUGACAGCAGCGAAUCCGUGAAUAUCUACCACUCGUCCAUUCGGGACUAUGCUUCAAACUUCUCAAACUGCAGCCUCCGUGGAUUACAGCCCAUCCCACCACAUUCCAUGCUUGCCUAUUCAUCUUUCCGCUUGAUGAUUCAAGACAUUCCAGCACGCACUGCUCUCAUGGAUGCGCUCCUAGAAUUGAAGUCGCAGAAUCAGGCUACGCAACCCCAUGACCCCCGGAACUUGCAACAGUCUCGAUCAUCUUCUGACGCCCUGAAGUAUGCAUGUCAAAACUGGUUCUUCCAUCUCUCGCGAGCUCUUAGUAUAACGGACGACACGCUCAACUGUGCAUUCAAGGUCUUCUGGGAUCGCCACCUCCUCUGCUGGCUUGAAAUGCAGUGGUGUUCGAAGGGCUUGCAGUCCUGCCUCCUUAUGUUAUCCGAAGGAGAGAAACUUGCACAGGUGUGUUCUCAAUGA